AUGGAUGAAAGGAGAGAAAACGAUAGUGAUGGUGCUGCUUCUGGUGGUUAUGGAGGUCCAAAGCAACUGGUAAUUCGUCCGGAUAUGGUGACCGUAGCUCAAAAAUUCAUGAUGACGCCACAGGUCUGUUGGACGUCAUUGGAGCAACAGAACAAUUUCCUGCUCCAGAAGGGUUUAACGCAGGGAGAAAUUGAUGAAGCCAGAAGAUCUGUCCAGGUAGUAUUAAAUUUGGAUUUCAUUUCGAAUAUUUGUGAAAAUACGAGACUUGGCUGCCGUUGCAUACUACAGCUUCAACCUUCUUUCCCCAAUGAAAAUAGCGAGGCCUUCGGCAUCGUUGAGCUUAACAACGGCGAGCGGUCCGCAGCCGGGAAGUUCUACAUUGGUAAAUUGGACAGCCGGGCAAUAAAUGAUUUGUUCGGUUACUUCUUGAGAUAUUACUUGGUGACAAGACAAGGUCGUGGAAGCGAUGCGCAGGAUUGCAAGAUGAGAAGAGAUCGAUGCAAUGGUACUGCUUCAAUUGACGACUCGUUGGCUGUCAACGACCCGACUACCUCCUUAUCCUCACCACAACCCUCCAGUUCUUGGAUGCGUUUUGCAAAAUGUGCACUGAUGUUCACUGGUCUCUCGUAUGCGAGUUGGCAGUUUUUACAGAAAUUCAUCUUACCGCGUUGUUUUGGCGUCCGCGAGCGCAGUGACGACCAGAUGCUCUUACUGCAGGCAAAGGUCUAG